CGGGUCGACGAGCCAGCACGGCACUGCAGUUUAAACGAAUAUAAGACCAGAGUCGUCUCGACAAAAUAACCAGAUUAAACAAGAAGCGAUUUGUUUGUCAAGGUUUAAGAAUUUUGGCUACAUUAGCCAUCAUAGGAGUCAAGGGCUGAAGAGCGCACUUGGUGCAGACAUUAAUCUGCCGCAGACUCAAAGCUCACCCUCCUAAUCUAAAGAGCAGCGUCUCAGACCAAUCAGUGGGACACACUGAGGACAGAUACAGAGCUUGGCCCAUGAGAGAGUCAGCAAACAAAAACUAUGGAUGCACAAUGGUGACUACAUGAGGCUUUGGAGAAACAUGGAUGACAGUUUAGAGGGAGGAAUUUGGGAGGUUGUCGAUGCAAACGAUGAUCCAAGUGAUGACAACUUGAUUUCUGAUAGUAUCAAUAUAGAUGCCCUUUCUCACAGAAUAAGGGAUCCUGGAAGUGACACUCAAAAAAGCAAACUGGAUGCCAGUGUCUACUCAGAAUUGGGCUUUGACCCAAAAUGGAGCAACACAACAAAGGAAGAUGCCAUCACUGGGAGUUUAAUAGAUACAGUCCCGAAACAUCACCCCUUUUCUAGACAAAUGUCUAGUCAAUCAGAGAAGCAAUUUAUAAGAGGAUAUAGAUACAUAGGUGACACAAGUUCAACAACUGUAACAGUUCCUCGCAGUGAUUAUAAUCAGCCAUACCACCUACACCCCCAAGAAGACCAGAUUAGUUUAAUGACAACUCAACUCAAUCAUAAUGACGCUUUGUAUCAUAGCUCACCGAAAUCCAACUUAUCUCGUAGUUGGUGUGAUAGCACGACUCAAAAGCAGUUAAAAAACAAGACGCAGACGAGCUUUUCUAGUUUGGAAGAUAAUUUUAAAAGACCUCUUGAGCUGCCAGAGGACAUGGAGGCAACACCGGCCAAUUGCUUGAAAGAAUACCAGAAUACCUACAACCAGAAGGAACUGCAACAGUCCACCACUAAAGAGACUAUUGGAAAGAAAAAACGAUAUUCUCAAACAGAAGACCUUGUAGAACGUAACAAAAUAACAUUGGGCCGCAGCACAUCUGGUUAUGGAUCCUAUGUGAAUAUGUUUGCGCUUCAGCAGAAGAAACCUCACAUUCUGAACAAGCUGCAUAAAACUGCUGAUGUGGUGGCCACUGCUGCGUUUCAGAAGGAGAGUUCAAAUCCAGAAUUAAGUUUGAUCCAGCAACUGGAGGUCACCCAUAUCAAUGAUGGAAGCAAAGAACAGGUGAAUACAGAGCCUUCCUACAGAAGCAUGGAGAAAAGCCCUGAAUUGCAAAGCACACAUGCAAGUGCAUUAAAAUGCCACUUUCCCAUUGAGGAAUGUGAACAAAAGUGGGGUCCAAAUGAAGAUUGCAAUAGGCAAAGUCUCGAAGUCUUCGCGAUACCUUCAAGUACUUCACACAAUACCGGUGUCUAUACAAAGCUGCCACCUAUUAUGCCGGAGCAGUUCUUGAGUCAAAGUGUGAAGGCAAUCAAACUCCAGCAUAUAAACAGUACUCCUGAUUUCUUGGCACAGAUGGAAGAUAAGAUAAGGAAAAAAGCCAAUUAUAAGAUAUACAGCCUGAGAGAAUACAAGGAGUUGAAACUAGAUGUGAAGUUGCAAGGUCUAGGUCCUGACUACACAGCAGUAAAGAAGCUUGCUGAAAAGGUGAACCAACAGAAGCUAUAUUCAAAAAGCGUCCGUGAGAGGAACAAAAACAUGAGUAAGAUGCCCUUUCUGUUGCCCAAAGACCCAGUAGUUAAAGACAGAAAAGUUGCCAGAAUUAAGGCUUUAGAAUAUGCUAAGACCAUCGCCAAGCCUCUUACUCAGCACCCUCUAUCAAAAUCAAGUAAAAAACCACAGUCGGGAAGUUCCAAUGGACACAAACCUUGUUUAGAGGAUUGGAAAAUUUCACAGCCGGCCACAGUGGACCUCGUGAAACGUCACCAAGAAGAAAAGGAGGCCCUCUUCAAAAAGGUGCAUGUGGUUUGAGGAAAUCUCAAGUCAUUCUACUCAAAGACUGGAUUCAAUUAAAUGCUGUAAUGAAAAGAUUAUGUACUUGAUCAUGAUAUGAAUAGUUAUUAAUCCUGGUUGCACAGCGGGUAAUUGGUUUGCUCACAGUUCUGAGAUCAGGGUUUCAAUCAAGGGUGAGCAACGUCCAACUGGAAAAGCUUGAGAUACAAUGUAUCGUAGCUAGGUAUGGGAAUUGAUAAGAUUUUUACGAUUCCAUUAUCGAUGUUGCUUAACGAUUCAAUUCUUUAUCGAUUCUCUUAUCGAUUCUAAUUUGGACUAAUGGACUCUAUGAGGUUCUGUGUUCAAUGUUUUAUGGUUCAUUCGCCUUGGGGUGUCUGUUAGAACACGAGGAGCGGAGAGUGGAGUUGGUAUUUGGCACUUUUAAUCUAACUUGGCAACAGGCACAACUAUAUACAGGCAAUGGCACUUGAUAUGAGGAUCGCUCAAUGAGCAGAUGAGAGCAUGCGUGGAGAGAUGUUGAUGUAAUUGUAUGUGUGUGGACGAAGACUGGAAUGAGUGGGUACAUGUGUGGUUCUGAAAGGAAAGAAAAUUACAUCAUAUUAGUGCUGAUGCAAUGAACAAUGCAAGUUGACUGUAAAGCAGUCACAAACAAUAAUGCACAUACAUGACUCGCGCAGUAUAAUGAGCACAAAGGUGGGGGGGGGCACACAACCCGGAAGCACGCUGCGUGCACGUGCAGUCAUCUUAGCCAUAAAGUGUCGAAAACUAACAUUUACACUCAUAUGGAUGUACAACAUCAUUUUAAGAUGCUAAACUAACACAUUCCCUCUUAACACAAAUGUGCAACGCAGCGAGGACGAGCGGGAGCAACCAGCUGACGUAACAGUAAAAACAUAAAAUGGUCGCGCUGAUAACGGUUCUAACUUAUCAUAAGAACUUUAUGACAUGAAUAGGAAAUGCUUACAUUCGUUCAUGGAUGCACACAGAUUAACACUUCCUCGCAGACAUUUUACCAGGUGGCCGCACUCUGCUCAAAAUGCACACCUUACACCUAUUCUCGGUCCCAGAAUACGCAGCGUGUGUGACAUAGGACAAUAACAGGAAGUAACUGACUGGUUGCUAUGGGAACCAACGCUUACCCAAGGAACCUUUCUAACAGUAGUCUCUCUUUGAGUAAUCAUGUAGUCUUACUUGCCGAAUUGACUGUGUGUAACAGGCGUAAAUUACAAAACGUAAAUCGUGCUGGUUGGAAUCGAUAAAAGAAAAUUGUUAGAUAAACUGCCAAACGAUUCCAUAGAAUCGGAACACACGGAAGCGGUUCUCUAUAGGAAGCGGUUGUCAAUUCCCAUCCCUAAUUAUAGCUGGUGUGGCAAUGCCUAUGAAGGCCCAUGGAAAAGCUGGACCAAGUUGCUGGGGAAACUGACUGUUAAAGAUUAUUCUAUAUUUAUCUUUUUCUCUUUUGGCCCGGGAUCACCAAACCACUGACUGACCACAGCUUGACGACCUUCCAUGAUAUAAAUUCAAGCAUGCAUGAAACAUGUCCACAGGGUUUGACAUGGCAACAAAUCUCCCACUUUUACCAUCACCAAAGCACCUCAAAACCAUUACAUUACCUCCAUCAUGACAGAUGACAUCAGGCACUCUUCAGGGUGCUCUUUAAGGUAGAAGGUAUUUUGAAUACGGAAGGCUAUCAUUCAUUUUCCAACAUCAUGUCAUUCUUCCUACAACAAGACAAUGACCCAAAGCACACUUUCAAAUUACAGAAGAAAUAUUUGGGGAGCAGGUAGCUGCUACUAGCUAGCACAGGCGCCAUAUCUCCUAACCCCAUAACCCCAUUGAACUGUUUUGGGACCAGCUUCACCGUAUCGUACGCAAAAAGUACCAUCCAAUUUAUGGGAGGGACUUCUGGAAGCAUGGGGGAUAGGGUUGCCAACUGUGCCUUGAAAAAUGUCAAAAAAUAUUCAGAAGCAAAAGUACGCGUCCCUUAUUGAGUUUUCAAGGGAGAUGCUUUGUCCCCUAUUAUCAUCAAACUAAAAUAUAGUGUCUUAUUUGUAGAAGUAACGAAUACUGGUAUGGUGCUUUCGAAGACGCUUAUCCUGCUUUUUGACCAAUGAGCUGACAGAACAAUGAUAAUACAAAAUCCCACUCCUCUCAUUGGUCGAGGUACUGUCGCUAACAGACGACAACAUAAGAAUGUGGAAGAAAAGAGGUUUUGUGUGAAGUAAGAGUAAAAACCAUGUUCAAAAUGAUGAUAAUUUUUAUUCUUGUUCUUCUCUGUGUAUUCCAUAUUCACUCACGUAUUGUAUUAUAUUUUUUGUGGAUGUCCCUGAUCCGAUCACGUAAUCGGAAAUCAGGCCGAUCCCGCCAUUUUUCAGAGGAUCGGAAUUGGGUGAAAAAGAUCGUGUGUUUAAUCAUAAACAAAAUAAUCCAGAAAUACAAUGGCAUUGCCAGAAGACACAAAAAUAUAUACGUUUUAAGCUCCACAAAACUCCUGGAAAAAGUGGAAGAGGAAGUACUGAAACUGAACAGUAUUGUAACACGUUUGAAGCUUUUGUUCAAAUAUUAAAAAAAUGGAAAAAAUUCAGAUUAGUAUCUAAUCGGGACAUGGUAGCGGCAAAAUUCAAAAUGAGAUGACUUCUCCGCUGCCCCACGGUGGCUUUUUGGCACUCUCGCCCACUCCAGGUAGGGUCACUGUCCUGCCCCGUGCAUAGUUGGCCGUGGGGGUCCGGCGGUGUCCCAUGUCGGCUGGGGUGUUCUGGCAGUGGCUGGGUUUUGGUGGUGGUGGUGAGGGGGAGCGGUGGUGCGUCCCUUAUCCCUUGGCUAAAGGAUGGUUAACGGGGCGCAGAUAGUCCAGGAGAACACCCUAGAUCCCGGGGGAAUGACGCCAGUCUCCUUGCUGGAGCUGCGGGAGGGGGGAUAGGCUGCGCUGGCUCACCACCCCGAUCGGCGCGGGAGAAGCUGUGGCCCUGGGGCAGCCCCCGCGCAGCAUUUCCUCUUGUCUGGAGGACUAUCACAUGUCAUCACGCAUGACCGGGUGCAAUUAGACACACUCAAGUAGAGAAAUGAUCAGUCCCCAGGAUUAGCGAUAAAGCAGCAUAGAACAGGAUGUCAACAUAUCCACACUUACAAGUGAUUCACAAAAUAAUGGGUUCUACACCUUACAUUGCUGAUUUGUGUAUGCUCCAUCCACCUAAUCACUUCUCCCCCCCCCUCCCCCCUCUCCUUUUCCUUCUCGGUCAUCAGGCUCCCUACAAUAUGUCAACCCGAAAUACAAUUAGCUAGCAAUAGCUUUACAAUCUUCAUAGUUAGUAUAGGCUGAACGAAAAAAAGCUGGCCAGAUUCCGACUUUAAAGUGAGAAUUCUGCAGAUAAAAGUCAGAAUAGUCAGAAUUCUGGGAAGGAAGUCAGAAUUCUUACUUUAGUCUCAGAAUCUUGGCCACCAUUUUAAAAAAAAAAUUUAUCUAUUUUUUUAUGCAGUACCCCUAAUCCUCUUCCGUAUAUUUGGGGUGAUCAUUUGUGAAAAUGUUAUUGCUGAGGGGACUUUGAAUGCACCUAAAUUGAAGAAAAAAAAAACAACAACCUUUGCCUGAGAGGUUGUUUGUACUUUUUAAAACAUGUAUUUAAAAAAAAACGGCCUAAACCACACACAUAUACAGAUACAUAAAGGCUCAGGACCUUUAGCAUUAAUUUAUUCAGUUUUUGGCAGGACAGAUUUAAUUCUAGUAUAUUUUGUACUAAAAAUACAUGGCUGAUAAUUCUUGUUUUUUCUAUGUGCUUAUAUAACUCCCAUAUGCACCUAAUUAACUCAGCCUUGAGUAAAAUUAUUAUAUUAUCAUUAUAACAACAACCACAUAAUCAUAAUCACGUUUUCAGACCGGCAGGCUCUACCAAUGAGGUGUCCCUUUUUUUCAGGGAGUUGGCAACCCUAAUGGGGGACUUCUGGAAGCUUGGGGUGGAAUUUCUCCAACACUGAAAUCUUGUGUCUCCUAAUAAAACAGCUGCAUUUUUCUUGGGAGAAGAAUGUCCCCUCACCCAAUAGGUGGGGAGUCCCUCUUUGUGCAGCCUCACGGCGUUGCUGGCUGGCUGCCCCCUGCAUUGUCUCUCUAUGUAAAGUCACAUGAUUACAGAUAGCAGAUCCAUGUGGAAUCAUUUUAGCCUGGUUAAACAAAUUACUACACAUGUAAAUUUUCAAAAAAAUAAAUGUCGUUAACUCUUCAGAUCCAACAAUCUCAACAUAUUAACAGCAACAAACAAUGCUAAAGGUCUGCAAUGCUAUAAUUAUUGCACAUUGAGCAUUUUUUGAUGAAAGCAUAGUUUGAAGGAAAAAAUAUUUCAAAUAAAAAAAUCAUUAUUUCUGACGAUGCCAAUGUCUUGACUGUAUAUUCUAUUUAUUUUGCAACUCAUUUAAUAAAAACGUGUGACUUUUCAUCGAAUAUUGUCAUGAAAUAAAACUUGUCUGCGA